AUGGGUGCAUGUAAUUAUCAUGAUGGAUUUGUUUAUGAUAAUUUAGCAUUAGAUUUAAGAAAAUAUAAACCAAGUGAAGCUAUUGAAGAAUUAAAUCGAGAAGAAUUUAUUGCAUUUAAAGAUGCAACUAAAAAAGAAGAAAUGGAUCAACUAAAAACACGAUUGAAAUAUAUUUGUUGUUAUGCAACUGUUCAAGUUGGUGGAGGUUUUAGUGGAUGUAAAAAAGGCAUACAUGACUUUGGAAAAUCUAAACAGACAAGUUAUAAAGAACAAAUUUUAGAUAAACAAAUGAUUGAUGAAUGUUUGUUUUGA